UCGAACCCUAGAAUAAAUUCUAUAUUCUCGAUUGAUCACUCAAGCUUGUUGUUUUUACCAGAUCUACUGUCAUCCCUAUUCCCGCUAAUUUGGAAUUUCCUACAUUUUCUUUGGGUCAGGAAAAAGAGUAAUACUGACCUUAUAAUUUAAAAUAAAAUAUCUCUCGUUAAAAAAAUUUUUUUCUAGAACCUCGGCAAAAUGUCUGUAGGUUCAACACAAUUAGAACAUUAUUAUUCUUCAAUGAAUUCUGUCAAUAAUUCUUCAAAAAAUUCGUAUUCCCCUUAUUAUGAAUAUUUAAAUGUUGGUUCAGCAGCUUCUGCUACUUCCUCAUAUCCCCAAUCUAUACAACAACAACAAUCUACAAAUUCGUUGCUUCAGCCAACAGCUACAUCAGCAGUUGUUGCUUUAGGUGGCGGAGGAGGAGGGCAACAACAUCAAGUAACUAAAAUUAAAUUUAGGAAAAAUAUUUUGGAUCCAGUAGCACAGUAAUUAUCUCAAAUGUUCCCCUUAGUACCCCUUUAAUGUCCCUUCGAACUAGCCAAUGUUCCCUUUGGACCAUCCAAGUUCUCAUCGGACUACCCAAAGCUCCCUUCAGACAACCUAAAUGCUCCUUUCGGACUACCCUAUGUUCCUUUCGGACUACCCUAUGUUCCUUUCGGACUACCCUAUGUUCCCUUCUG